CCCCCCCCCCCCGGCGGUGGCGGUUAGUUCUGAGGUGCUCCCCCUAAAGUCUCCUCGCUAGCGUGGGAUCGCCACUCCUGCGAUACUCCUCUCGAAACUUUUAGGGUUUCUCCCCUCUCUCCUCCCGCCUCUCUCCACUUUGCCCUAAUCUCUCGGUAUCGAUAGAAUUCCGUCGAAUUCGUCCGCCGAUGUCCCUCAGAUCCGGCGGGCGGAAGGUCUCCUUCGACCUCCUCGCCAGCGACAGCUCCGGCGACGACGGAAUCCUUUCCCUCCGGCCAUCUGUCGUCUUCUCGAACGGUGGCGAGGACGGCCGAUCGACCCGCCGGAAGCGGAAAUCCAAGGCCUCGAAGAAAAAGAAGUUAACCGAGAGGGCGGCACUGGCCGAGGAUCGGGGCCUCUUGGUGGGAUUAGAUCUUCAGAAGCCCGUGGUCGAGAACGGUCACUAUGAGGAUAAGAUGGGACUCAGCGUCUCGAAGAGCAGAUCGGUGGUGGAGUCCGUGUGUGAGAACACGGUGGUGGAGCCAGCGCCGGAGCCGGAGAGCUCCCAAGUGAGCUGUGUUUCUUUCGUGGAACUGAGGCAGAGGAACGCGAACGGGAGUGCUGGCGAUGAGCCUGGGGAAGAGGAGACCAGCACCAGGGAGAGUUCCGCAGGGCAAUGGAGGCCUCAAUCUAAGGAAAAAAUCACUAAGUUUGCGAAAGAGGGGUCGUUGGAUUGGAAUCGGGUAAUGGCAGAAGAUCCAAAUCUGCUAGGAGAAGUCUCAUCUUCGGACAGAUCGCCCAUAAAAUACUUUAUGGGAGAGAUUUAUGGUGGUAAUUCACUUAGAAGCACAAUACCUGCUGGGAAUGAGAAGAAGCGUCAGGGGGUCUAUAAUACUAUGUUCCAUGUUCCUUGGAGAUGUGAACGGCUUAUUGUUGCAGGCUUCUUUGUCUGUUUGGAUUCAUUUCUGUCAUUGCUAACUAUUAUGCCAGCACGAAUUCUUAUGACCAUUUGGAGGGUGCUGCACACCCGGCAGUUUCAGAGGCCAAAUGCUGCCGAGUUAUCAGAUUUUGGUUGUUUCAUUGUGUUGACUAUAGGAGUAAUCACGCUACAAAUGACAGAUAUCAGCCUAAUAUAUCAUAUCAUACGUGGACAAGGAAUAGUCAAACUCUAUGUGGUAUACAAUGUAUUAGAGAUAUUUGACAAACUCUGUCAAUCUUUUGGCGAAGAUGUUUUGCAAGUUCUGUUCAAUUCUGCAGAAGGGCUUUCAAAUUGUUUGCCAGACAAUAUGAUAUUUCAACUGAUGAGGUUCAUUUUGGAUGAAGCAAUAGCCAUCAUUGCAUUUGAUAUCCUUUAUGACAGAUGGUUAUAUUUUAUUUUCAUUUAUGUGGAUACAUUUCUGAAUUGCAUUUCCUUAAGUAGGAUACUUGUCCAUUCUUUCAUCUUAUUGGCUCAGGCUAUCACUUUAUCAACUUGCAUUAUUGGCCACAACAAUGCUUUGCUGGCUCUACUGGUGUCAAAUAACUUCUCUGAGGUUAAAAGCAGUGUAUUCAAACGUGUUAGCAAAGAAAACCUUCACAGUUUGGUAUACUAUGAUAUCAUCGAGAGGUUCCACAUCACAACUUAUGUGUUAUUUGUGCUAUCCCAGAAUAUCUUGGAGGCUGAGGGACCCUGGUUUGAGAGUUUUGCUAUCGAUGCCCUCCAGGUUUAUGUGUGUGAAACAUUUAUUGAUACAAUCAAGCAUUCAUUUCUUGCAAAAUUUAAUGAAAUAAAACCCAGUGCGUACUCAGAGUUUCUAGAAGACCUUUGCAAACAGACGCUGAAUGAGAAGCCUGAUGAGCGUCGGAAAGACCUUACUUUCAUUCCUCUUGCACCAGCCAGUGUGGUCAUCCGAGUUCUAACUCCAGUAUAUGCAAUCGUUCUUCCAUAUGGUCCACUCCCAUGGAGGUUAUUCUGGAUCAUCUUCUGGUCAAGCCUGACCUACAUCACGCUUGCCAUUUGCAAGAUGCUUGUGGGACUGAGCCUUCGCCGCCUUGCCACUUGGUACAUGAAUCAGCAGCUUGAGAGCAAACAACAUGUCGACUGAUACCUUUGCUUGGUCUGAUCUGAGUAAAAGUUCUCUAGCCUGAGGCUUAUGAUGAGGGUUCAGUCACGCGGUGCAACAUCACCAGCCCCCAGAUAGAGGUGCUCGCCGGACGGAGCGGUUUCUUGCCUUCAUAUUAAGUUGUGCAUGAACGAUACAAAUCAAAAUACACCUCUGUGCUCCAAUUCUUGUAUCCAUUGAGAUCAAACUCCUGGCAUCUUGCUUGAAUUUUGCUUUUAUAUGGCUGCAAGUCCCAGGUGACUAUAAAGCAGAAAUAGUCCUGAAAUCUGGUAGAUCUCCGUUUCAUUUUUACCUUUGUUUACCUGAAUCAGGUGACUAUAAAGCAGUAUGAUUUUAUGAAUUCUUUUACAGGUUAAAUACUCAAAAUAUGGUGCUAGUUUCAUUAGUGUCGUUUCUCACUCUCUUCCGUCCUACCCGCUGCAGCAUCUCUCUGUUUCCCAUAGUCUCCGUUUUGUUACAAUUCCCCAUGCACAUCUUUUUCUAAUGCUGGAUUUUGACUUUGCCAUGGUGAGCCGGGAUUCAAAUGGCACGGGCAACUGUCGAGGACUCUGCCGACCAAGUCCUCAAUAUUAUGUAAUGCGUCCUUAAAGCUGUUUUCAAUGUAUCCCUUGGGCAAUCACCUUGCUGACUCUUAUUAUAUUAAAUAAAUAAACAUUAUCUUUGCUUC